GUACUACAACACCCGAGAUGCACAACGGCCGUGGCGGUCUUAACGUCAUAAACCUGGUAAAGAGGGAGAAUCAAACGCAACGUUUUCAGAAUCUGACAACGGGUAACUGCGUCUGCAUAUCAGUAAUCUAAGGUUAACUUUAGGACAAGAAAUGCAGAGAUCUACCCGGCUAAAGCGUGAACUUCAGCUGUUGAGCACCGAGCCCCCACCAGGAAUCUCCUGUUGGCAAACUGAAGGCCAGAUUGAUGACCUGCGAGCUCAAAUUGUUGGCGGUGCGAACACGCCUUAUGAAGGUGGUUUGUUUUCUCUGGAGAUAAAAGUUCCUGAACGGUACCCAUUUGAGCCGCCAAAAAUGCGUUUCCUGACUCCUAUUUACCACCCUAACAUUGACAAUGCCGGACGCAUUUGCCUUGAUGCUCUGAAGCUACCACCCAAGGGGGCUUGGAAGCCUUCUCUCAACAUCGCCACCGUGUUGUCCUCCAUCCAGCUGCUCAUGGUGGAGCCCAACCCUGAUGACCCCCUCAUGGCUGACAUUUCUUCAGAAUACAAGUACAACAAGCAGGUUUACUUGGAGAAAGCCAAGAGGUGGACUGAGAAGCAUGCCUUUCAGCAGAACAAGGGCUUGGAGGAGACUGAGGGAAAAGUGCAAGGCAAACUGGAUAAAACGUGCCGCAAGAGAGAAGCCCUCCACUCUGAGGGACUUCGGGAUGACUCGAAGAAAGCCUGCAUGUAACUCAAGGAACUUUUGCUGUUUAUAUUGUAUAUUAUGUCAUUGUCCAUCCUGAUCGUCUCUUAUGUCUUCUGAAAAUUAUAGUGGCGUGUUUUGUGUUUGUGACGUGUGACUUGGUAUUUCAUGUUUACUGUUUUAUUUGCUUGCUUUACAACAUGUUCAAUAUUAAAAUCUAAAUCUUCAUUUUC